AGGAUGUUUUCCUACCGCCUCAGUGGGAUGACUGGGUAUCAGGUUCUCCUCAAGGCUUGGAAUUGUUAUACGUCUUUGGUUUGACAAACUCGCUUUAUCCUGGAGACGCGGAAGCUGCUGCAUUAUCCAACCAGAUAAUGAACUUCUGGGCGCAAUUUGCACGAAGUGGGAAUCCUAAUGCGGUUGGUUCACCCGAGUGGCCGGACUUUGACCCAGAGAACGAAACGUACAUCAUUCUAAACGUAAACAUAAGUACGGGACAGCGCCUCAAAGCUGACAAAGUCGCCUUCUGGAACGAGUACAUCCCAACCAUUACGGAGCCGUUUAAUGAGAAAACGUGUUCCUAUGAUGUACCUGUCAGAAGUGGCACCGUGCAAAAACCGGACACAAAGACUGUGCAGAUAGAAAGCAAAGACGGUGAAGUGCUGGGAUCUAUCAUUGGUGCUCUGCGAGUCGCUGACGAGGCAAUGGGAGGGCGCGAAGUUGCCGAGUUCUUGGGUAUUCCUUACGCAAAACCACCCCUUGGUGAUUUGCGAUUCAAACCACCUGAAGAUACAGGACCGUGGGGUGAUCAACCACUCGGCAUCCCGGAGAAGCUACCAGCUGCCUGUCCUCAAGAUGUUACACAAGACCCUUGGAUGGUUCGCCUCGGGUUGAACCACACAAGUGAAGAUUGUCUGACUCUUAACAUCUAUGCUCCCACUCAAAACGCUAACGACACUGCUUUACCAGUUCUUGUUUUUGUUCACACUGGGUUCGGAGUACACGGCACAUCCUCCGUCCACGAUGCAACUCUUCUUGCAUCGCAAAUCAGAACUAUUGUUGUGGUUCUAAACUAUCGUCUGGGAGCUCUAGGAUUCGUGUCCACGGGGGACGAGGCAGCUCCUGGGUAUUACGGAUUGCAUGACAUCCUUACUUCUCUCAAAUGGGUCAACAAGUACAUCGGAAGCUUUGGAGGUGACCCAGGACGCGUUACAGUCUUCGGUCACGGCUCAGGUGGCGUUCUGACACAUCUCUUAGUACUCUCUGAGAAGGCAAAAGGCUUAUUCAAUAGAACUGUUCUGAUGGCUACAACUGCUAUAUCCCCACCUGUCAACAAUCAAGUCAUCCCGAGUGCUCCUGAAACAACGAAGGCCUUGGCCACCAAACUGGGAUGCCCAACCACUAGCAGUGAGGCGAUGAUCAAUUGCCUUCGUGAGAAACCAGCAGCAGACAUCGUAUCCAACACCGUAAAUCCUCCAUUUGGGGUUGCUUUCCCGGUUGUCGUUGACGGGGAUUUCAUCACUGACAGACCCAUCGAGCUGCUGAAAAACGGCAGAAUUAACGACGUUGAUGUUAUUGUUGGAGUUCCACUCGACGAGAAUGGCGCUCGAAGCCUGCUUUUCACCGGCUUGGGCUGUCCGAGUGUUGGAGAACUCGAGCAAUACAUAGAAACUGUUAGCAGGCUCUCUUUUCUCAAUCCUGGUGAAGCAGCGUCGGCUCUGGCGACGGAAUAUAUCGGAAAAGGCGGAUUAGGUGACGAUUGCGAGACAAGGGGAAGUUUCAGGAAGCUCCUAAACGACCAGCUGUCAGGCUGGAGUUUAUUGGAAACCGCCAGGCUCCACGCCGACGCUGGUCAAUCGGCCUACGUAUACCUGUUUGAACACAAACCGUCUGUCCAAUACCGACCACUGCUACCUCUUUACGGUGCAACUGCUGACGAUAGUCUGCAGUUUUUGUUUGGUGAUCCAUACAGUCCUCUUGUGGACAAAUUCGACCUGUCCUACAGGCUUAACGACAAGCGGGUCACCUUGGAACACAUGGAAUUCUUGAAAAAUUUCAUCUACAAUGGUAACCCUGGGACUUCUCUGUCGGGCGUUGAGUGGCCAUCAUUCGACUCAGAUGACCUCAAGUACAUGUCACUCACCGACUGCCCCCAAGCCUACUCUGGCGUUGACAACGACUGGCCACAUCUCCUCCGGUUCUGGGCAGCUUACCUACCGACCAUCACGUCACCUGUUCCUCCACCUUCUGAGGUGACACCCUGCCCGCCGGAUCAAGAGCCUUGCGUGGUCGGUGAAGGCAUCGGGUUAAAACUAUCCUCAGAGCAGGCUACUGCCGUCAUCGAAACUUUGAUUGGAGCAGUCAUUGGUGCUUUGGUGUUGUCUGUCUUCUUUUUCGGGGGUUGUAUGGCAUACAGGGCUCGGGUAGAUCGGAUUGAGAGACACAAUUUACGAGCAACAAGGGAGGGUUUGCCAUAUAAAUUGGAUGUCGGAGAAAGAGAGGAGUCAAGCUCUCCGCUUUGAGCUUAGGCACAAUCCAUUUUCCGUCAUUUCCAUGAGCAUAUUAAACGCACGCAAAAGAGAGGUCAACUCUGAAAAUUGGCUAUGUCGUUUUGUGUUUUCUUUUUAGCGUUUUGAGCGUUUUUGAAAAUGAUGGGGAAAUGGAAGAACCUAAAAGCAGGUACGAUCAUUUGUUAAAAAUUUUUGGGCAAGAAAAGUUUUCAGAUUAUUGAAAGGCAUAAUACCUGGACAAUCGGCUACCAAUUCCUGUAUUGCCGGUUCACUAGAACUCAAACAAUUCAGACCCAAAUGGAGGUGCUGAAGGUCAUUCUGAGCAGCAAUGCGCACGUGAGUGCCCUAUCAGAGCACUCCAAACGUAUGAUGAUUCUCACGCGUCAGUCAGUCCGCAGCGCCCGCGUUAAAGGCGUUCUUGUUCUCCAAUGACUUUGACUUUGAAAACCGUAGCCUAUCGGCUAACUUACAAUAUGUCCCUUUGAAAACCGGAUUUUAACCGUCACCAGCCCGUAACGGAAAGCUCAAGUUAUUUCCACCUUCACUGAGUACAGUGGCGUAACUAGGGUGCUACAGCUGAGGGGGGUACCUGGGGUGCACAAU